UUCUUUUUUGUGUCGGAAAAAAUUAACAACAUCCGGUUUCAGACGGGGGAUGUUCAUUUCUAUUUAUAAUCAAACUUCGUAUAAUUCUACAAAGACGGCACACACAUAAACAAGUAUCGAUAUGGACAAAUUGAAGAAAACACUUAGUGGAGAUGACGAUGAGGAGAAAGGAAUCGUUUCUAGUAUAUCAGAUGCAAGCACAUUAAGUUGGAGCACACGGAUCAAGGGAUUUGCUAUUUGUUUCAUUCUUGGUAUCUCAUUCUCCAUAUUGGGUUCCUGUCUGUUGUGGCUGGCCAGUAAUGGGCUGACACUGUUUGCAAUAUUCUACACCCUAGGAAAUAUUCUCUCACUUGCAAGCACAUGUUUUCUGAUGGGUCCUCUCAGUCAACUGAAGAAGAUGUUUGCACAAACAAGAAUAUUUGCAACCAUUCUUGUCAUUGUUAUGCUGAUUUUGACUUUGGUGUGUGCAUUUGCACUGAAGAAUGCCGGGCUGACACUGCUGUGUUGUAUAGUACAGUUCCUGGCAAUGACCUGGUACGCCCUGUCGUACAUACCAUUUGCAAGAGACGCAGUGAAGAAGUGCUUCGAAAGUUGUGUGUCAUGAAAACAGCAAUACACUCAGGCAAGAAAGGCUAUUUACUGCAAAAAUAUUGUUAUGUGCCUAUUGGUGUAUCUAUGUGUUUUCACCAAGAAUUGCCAUUUAAUUCCGUUUUCAUGAUUAAGUCUACACAUUUUUAUUUUCCUUUAAAUGUAGUUGCGUUAUUACUUGUUUAUAUUAUGAGUUUGUGGAUGAAAUAGAAUAUCAAAAGCCAAAGCAAUAUUUCUGAGAAUUUUGUGCUAUACUACUGUGCCUUUGCAUGGAAUAUGUAACCAGGGUAUACAUCUUUUUGACAAGAUAUUCACUGAUUUAAAAUAUUGACAUCACAUAGUGAGACAAAUAUAAAAUAUUAUGUAAUAGUAUAUACGCUACUGUUACUUCUAUUAACGUGUCUGAAAAUUUAGUAAACUGAUAAAAAUAGUGAAAAUAUGAGAAAAAUAUAUUUACUUUUGUUAUUACCAUUAAUGAAUGUAGAUUUUACUGUUUUAUGUAUUUUUAUUAUCCCCCGCCAACGGCGGAGGGAUAUUGUUUUGGCGUUGUCUGUCCGUCCGUCUGUCCGUCCGGCAAUUUUAUGUCCAGAGCCAUAUCUUGGAAGUGCUUUGGCGGAUUUCAUUGAAACUUGGUAUGAGUAUAUAUAUGGAUAAGAGGAUGAUGCAUGCCAAAUGGCAUUGUACACCAUCUGUUAAUAACGGAGUUAUGGCCUUUUGUAUCUUAAAAAAAUGCUUUUUUAGUGUCAAAUGUAACACUUUUGUGUCCAGAAGCAUAUUGGUGGGGGAUAUAAAUUCAACGAAUUUGCUUGUUUUCUUUUAUUUUUUAUUGAACCCAAAAAAUGAGAAAUUACUCACUUUCUGCUAUGUAUUUAUUGCUGCUUCUUUGUGAAGUUAAUCUUUGAAAGAAAAAUAAAUUUUGUCGUAACAUAUGUAGGCUUAAUCAAAAUGAAUAUAAAAAAUCAAUAUGUCUGCUGUUUAAAAAAUUGGAUGUGGGAACUAAUUAACCAUGAGGGUCCACUUAAUUUUUUUUAUAAUUAUUUUACAAAUUUUAAGUGUAGCAAAUUACACUGAAAUCUAACCAAUUUGUUGGAGCCCUAUGUUCUCACUGAACUUAAGCAAGAAUCAUGCAUGAUUAUGGCUGUAUUAUAUUUUAUUUCAUAUUUUUGUAUGAACAACAUAGUGAUUAAUCAUUAUCUAGAAUAUUAUUGAUUGAAACAUGUCAUUUUUUCAAUGAAGUUGGCUUUUGCUUUAAAGCUUUGUUAAUUAUACAAGUAGAACACUUUAGUGAAAAAAGUGCUUAAAUGUUACUUGAUGUUAAAAAAGAACAUUAAUGAAUUUUUGGGUAAUUAUUUACCGGAGUUCAAUUUUAUUUUAUCUCCACGAUCACAUGGAUUGGUGUGGUUUAUCUUGAUGUUUUUCAUACCUCUGCAACGCAUUUAAUACAAAAUACAAAAGUUGAAAUAGUAUAGUUAAGAAUUCAAUCAAUAGUUGAGGUAAAAUAAAUAUGUUGGUCCACUUGUUUAUAAAACAUAAGAUAGCAUUUAUGUCAUCAAUAUAUGAGCCGUGCUCUGUGAAAAGGGGGUUUAAUGCACGGGCUAAUCUGGGACGCACUUCACACCAGUGUAUUAAAUACCAUGUAAACUCUGUAAAUACCCUUUUCACAGAGCACGGCCCAUAUAUAAACAUAGUUUAAAAGUGUGUAUCUCUAUUUUAGAACCCUGUGUUUGUGACCGCAAUGUAGCUUCAUUACUUUUAUUUGUCUCUUAACUAAUUGGUUAUUGCUUGUAAUGAUUGUGCAAAGUUAAGAAAUGGUCUAGAAUUGAUCUUGUUUGUGAACAAUACAGAUUUUGUUUGUUAGUUUUCGUGUACUCAUAAAGCUAUUAAUUUUUUUAAUUUCACGUCAUUCUUAAUAAUUUGAGUGCUAUUGAUACAUAUACUUAACAGUAAAUUAUAUUUUCAAAUAAUAUAUUUUUCUUCCUCUUUAGUCUCUUAGUAUAUUACCUUCGUCAUUACGUUAACUUUGGAUUGUCAAGAAAGGUUUAUGGACCAUUAUAAUUAACAUAUAUAUGAAUGUAUUUUCAUAUUGGAAAGUUAAAUCCAUUUGUUUGAACAUCAAAAUUGUUAUAUUUUCAUGUAUGUAUUUAUGUUAUUGCCUGAAAGAUCAUGCAUAAUUAUAAUGGAUAUUGUAUAUACUAAGACACAUGUUAAGUGUUACUGUGUAGUAAAUCUAUUCAUAAUUU